GAGAAAUGUUUUCGCGACUGUCAUUUUUUGGUGAUUCCUGCAAGUUUUGUUUUGAUUUUUUCAUGAACUUCCUGACCUUUUGAAGCAACCAAAACGGAAGUGACCGAAGUAACAAAGCCAAAGGUUAAUUAAAACAAGAGAAAAAGUUUAAUUAUCCACCUGACAAUCAGAAUUCCUGAAGAAAACAUUGUAAAACACGUGCCGCCAGAAGGUGAGAAAACGUAAACAAAGAGGAUGUUCAGGACAAUCAGGAGCUGUUUCCUGCGAAUCCCAUUGUCUCCUGCUGUGGAGCAAUGCCGGUACCUACCACGGAUGUCACGAUUGAAUGAUCCAGGGAUUUCUGGGCGUGUUCAGAUGCUGCGAGAAGAGAAAUCUAAGAUGAUUGAACCGGAAGAUGUUGAAGAGGACAUUGAGAGUGAUUUCAUGAAUGCCGGUGAUAUGUAUCAGCAGUACAAGCAGGAAGAGAGCAGGCAUAGGGAGAAGGUAGCCUACUGGAUCACGCGGGAGAAGUACUUCAAGCAGAAGCAACUAAACUUCCUCACGUGGUCGGAAAAGGAGCAAAUUCGCUUCCUCCAUCGUGAAUCACCCGCAGACUGGCCAGCUGAGAAGCUAGCGGAGAGUUUCCCAGCGGAUGUUGUGACAAUUCAGAAAAUCCUCAAAUCCACAUGGCUUCCGGCGAAUGAGAAGCGAAUCCUGAAGCACGAUGAGCAGGUACAACGGAACUGGGAAGCUUUCCGCAAGGGGAAAAUCAGAGAAUUGGAUGAUGAGUUGAAGGAACACCUGCAAAAAUUUGCACACCGUAAGUUUGAUCCCACAGCAACGCCCAAGAUUCAUCGGGAAAAUACCCGAGAGACUGCCCUGAAGCUCCCUGUUGGGGAAUUUGCUAAGAUCAUCACGAGUUGCAAGGCUUACCGGCAGAUUGAAGGGAAAACUGAGAAGAAAUUGCCGGAAGUUCCUGAAAGACUCCAACUUACCUCCAAAAUCCCACGAGGGAAGAACGUAACGUUGGCAGCUCUCAAGCAAUCAGAUGGGGAGCUAGAAAGGAGUGAAACAGCACCCGAAAUAAGCUCUCCACCAAUCCCCAUUUCCGGCGAUAAAAUGGAAAUAUUCAAUGUGAAGGAAUUCAAUUCGGAGCCACUUGCAAAGAAUUCACAAAUUCAGCAGGAUAUCCGUCACCGGAUUUACAUCCCACGGCAUUUGUGGAAAAGGGGGAGGACUUACAAAGUCGAUGAUUGCUUCUACGACGAUGACGGGGAAUUCCUCUACAGAGUUCCGGGAAUGACGAGUUAGGGGCAACAAACAAACAAAAAAUGUGAAUUAGAAAAUCUUUUAUUUAGCAGAUUAGUCUGUUGAAGUUAAAAGAAUAAUAGUUAAAGUCAAUCUGGUCGAAAUUGGUUAGUUAUCCCUGUGAUUUUAUAGGACAGACCUAAAACACCAGUUAAGGAAUUAAGUUUAAAAUUCAGUUCUGUUGAGGAAGAUUCACAAUUUUUAUUAAUUAAAUUUCUAAAAUGAAUGUAAAAUUGUUGAAUUUACUGAAAAUAAAA